UAUAAGAUUCUUUAAGASUUUUACUCAAGUACUAUUCUUAGAGACUAAUUUAUACAAAAGUAUGGUAAGAUGCUUGUACAUUUACUAAGGUAUCACUUAGAGAUACUUCAUACAGCACUGCAUUUUGAAAAUCCUUUAUUAUCCAUCCCAACUUGUACUUAAUACUCAAGAAAUUUGACUUCAAAAAAGUUUUUUAAUAACUAUGAAUACAAAAGUAGCAAACAUCCAGAGGGUGACUACUUUUUAUAAGCACUGCAGCAACAAUCACAUCUGCUGCUGACGUGUAUGUUUAGUCUUUGUUUCCUGACUCGGGGUGAUGGUUUAAAAGGUUGGGGUGUGUUGGACCGGUCAGCCUCAUUAACAUUUGAGUCACAUUGUGUCGUUAACAUCUCUGCACAGCAGGUGGUCUCUGCGGGGCGAUGGGACCUCAGGAAACCUCUGAUGUGUCUGAAUUUACCCGACAAGUUCUGCACAGACUACACAAUUUACUUUUAUUUUCCUUUAAAACAUUCUUUAAAAUUAAAACCCAAUAAAUAUAAAUCCAAACGUCAGUAUUUGUGGAUUUGUUUGGACGUGUUUUGGUUUAUCGGUGACGUCACACCAGACAGACGUCUCCACCAAUCACAUCUCUUAGUUCGCUCGAUGACGCGGGGAUUUAAAGAUGAAGACGCCGCCGACCGUAACAGAAACCACUCAGCUCUUCAAAGAUURGUUGACUUUUAUUUACAAUAUUUGCUGCAACACUCGUCACCCGAGCRGAAAACACCGAACUGAGUGGAUUGCAGCGGUUUUAGUGGGUGGAGAUGCUUGGUUCUCAGGUGCAAGUUCURCUGGUGGUUUUGUGUUUAUCUGGGCUGAUGGUGCAGGUCAGAGGAGCUCCACGAACAGAGCAGCUGACAGAAACACUGCAGCAGGACYUCAUAAAGGACCAGGGUUCCACUCGUUUACUCUUCCUGAGGUUUGUGUCGGAGCUGACGGCACAGAGAGGAGAGAUGCUCGGCGAGCCAGAGGAAGAGGAGUUAGGAGGAGGCAGGGAGGGGCUGAGGCGGCGACACCCUCGCUUCACCCACAGACAGAGACAAGCAGGCUGCCGCAACUUUUUCUGGAAAUCUUUCACCGCCUGUUGAAGCCGCAGCAUUUUUCCUUCUUAAAAAAGGACAUAAUUGAACCAGAGAAAUUAAAUAAAUUAUUUUCUGGUUGUAAACAGUAAAAAGUUUGUUUUCCUGUGCUUUACCUGACAUUCUGUGAAACACUACAUACUUCAAAUCGAUCCGAUUAAAGUGGCAGAAAUCUUUCCUGAGCCUUCAUUGUGUGAUUUAGCUCUGAGCUAAAAGAAUGCAGCUACAUGCUAACAGCAAACCUGCAGCUGUUGUAAUUAAASCAACUCAUUAAACUUCCUGUUUGUGCUGAAACACAUUUAUUCAUCAUAAAACAGCCUCAAUGAAUUUUUUUAGGGCAGCAGAUUAUAUUUUCCCCAUAAAAGCUCCAGUUAACAACAUUUUAAAAGAGCUUAUAGUAAAGAUAAUAAUAAUGCAACGGACACAAAAAGAUCUGAUUUAAGAUCACAGGAAGAGAUUCUUGUAAGUGACAGAAUCUAUUAAAUUGUUACCUCUAAUGGUAKAAAACAAAUCUGGAUAAAUUUACAAAAAAAUCUGAAUCGUUUCAGCAUGAUCAAAAUUCACAGUCAACCAAAGAUUAUUAAUAUGAAGCUAAACUAUCAGGAAGGCUUUCAAACCUUUAAAAGGGACAGUUCAGAUUUUAUUGUUUUUUAAUGGGGUUCUGUGAAAAAUCAUCAUCUUACCUGUCACGGAUAGUUUUCCGAAGGACCUCAGUUUAACUAAGGGCUASUCUGAACAAAGCCAAGAACUAUUUCAAACAUUUUAUAAUGGUUCAUGUAUAAAUUAGCAUCAAAAUCAGUUUGACCCAUUUAUAAUAAAUUCAAUGGCGGCGGCAGCUAGCUGUAGCACAUCCUAAAAAUGUAUUUUCUGCUGGAACAUUUAUGAAAUGUAAAAUGGARGAAAAUGUUAAAAGUUUAUGAAACAAAGUUCUUAUAAUCUGCUAUGAAACUUUAAAAUACAGAGUUGUUCAGACUAGGGUUGGGCUUAAUCGUAUCGUGUGCAAUUCAUCGUCAGAAAAAUAUUAAUAAUUAUUUUUUUGGCACUUGACGAUUAAUACGAUUAAUACCACCAGACAGACUGACCGCUCGGUGUUCCUCUCCACUUCAAAUAUGACGAAAAUUUAAAAAAAAA